CGUGUGCGGCAGCUCCAGAGGGUGCCAGCCUGCGCGGCCGCCAUGUCUCCCGUGCUGAUGCUGCUAGGUGGCUUCCUGCUGGCCAGCCCGGGGCGGGCAAGCGAUGGCUCGGCCCCCACUACCAUCACAUGCCUUACAAGGGGAGUUGAUAUCAGAAAGGAGAGAGCAGAUGUCCUCUGUCCAGCAGACUGCCCGCUAUGGCAGUUCUAUGUCUUUGGGAAUAUAGUUUAUGCCUCCCUUUCCAGCAUCUGUGGCGCUGCCAUUCACAGAGGGGUGAUCACCAGUGCGGGAGGAACUGUAAGGAUACAGACCCUGCCAGGACAAGAGAACUACUCUGCCGUGUAUGCUAAUGGAAUUCAAUCUCAGGUGCUCACUAGAUGGGCUUCAUCUUUCUCAGUGGCUGGGACCAAGAGUGGAGCACUUGAAGCAGCUGGACAACCACUAUCAACAGCACGCCCCUCUACAGGUAAACGACUUAAGAAACUUCUUGAGAAAAAGGUUGGGAACAAAGACUGUAAAGCGGAUAUUGCUUUUCUGAUUGAUGGAAGCUACAAUAUUGGGCAGCGUAGAUUUAAUUUGCAGAAGAACUUUGUUGGGAAAAUAGCCGUGAUGCUGAGAAUUGGAACUGAAGGACCACAUGUGGGAGUUGUGCAAGCCAGUGAGCAUCCAAAAACUGAAUUUUAUCUGAAAAACUUUACUGCAGCAAAAGAUGUUUUGUUUGCCAUAAAGGAAAUUGGCUUCAGAGGCGGCAACUCCAGUAUGGGAAAAGCCUUGAAACACACUGCUCAGAGAUUCUUCUCUCUGGAAAAUGGAGUACGCAGAGGGAUUCCUAAGAUCAUCGUAGUUUUCAUAGAUGGCUGGCCCUCAGAUGAUAUAGAAGAAGCUGGAAUAGUAGCCAGAGAAUUUGGCAUUAAUGUAUUCAUUGUGUCCGUAGCAAGACCCACAACUGAGGAACAGGGAAUGGUUCAAGAUCUUGGUUUUGUUGACAAGGCUGUCUGUCAAAACAAUGGCUUCUUCUCUUACUAUAUACCCACCUGGUUUGGUACUACCAAAUACGUAAAACCUCUUGUCCAAAAACUGUGUUCUCAUGAGCAGAUGCUGUGUAGCAAAACUUGCUACAACUCUGUCAAUAUAGCUUUUCUGAUAGAUGGCUCUAGCAGUGUUGGAGACAGCAACUUCCGCCUCGCGCUUGAAUUCAUCAGUAAUGUUGCCAAAGCAUUUGAGAUCUCCGAUAUUGGUUCCAAAAUUGCAGCUGUGCAGUUCACCUAUGAUCAGCGCAUAGAGUUCAGCUUCACCGACUACACCACAAAGGAGAAGGUUCUCUCUGCUGUGCGGGGUGUUCGUUACAUGAGUGGUGGUACCGCUACUGGUGAUGCCAUUUCUUUCACAACCAGAAACGUGUUUGGACCUGUGAGAGAUGGACCCAACAAAAAUUUCCUUCUUGUUUUGACUGAUGGUCAGUCUUACGAUGAUGUUAGAGGUCCUGCUGCUGCAGCACACAAAGCAGGUAUUACAGUCUUCUCUAUUGGUGUUGCCUGGGCACCACUGGAUGAUCUGAAAGACAUGGCCUCUGAACCAAGAGAGUCGCAUAAUUUCUUCACAAGAGAGUUCACAGGAUUGGAGCAGAUCGUUCCUGAUGUUAUUAGAGGCAUUUGUAGAGAUUUCUUGAACUCUAAACAGUAAGGGAAAGGCUGUGGUCACUUUGUUGAAACUAAAUCAAGAAAGCUAGGAAGGUCUCUCUACAGUGCAGAUAUCCCAGUCUUUUAAUACACAGUCAAAGUCUUGGGAUAAGAUACAAGGAAUCGCACUCUGCUUUCUAAACUCAAAUAAAAGCUUCCAGUGACAACACUGCAAGUUUUGCUUGAUUAGGGACUGCAGGAUUUUGCCAAAAGCUAUUUUAAAUGUGUAUUAACAUCCCUCAAGUUAUAUUUAAAGUUACGCAUACAUUACACUUAAGGUACCAGAUAUCAGCUGUAUGUACGUAGAGAAACUACAAGGUAACUUAACUCUGCCAUUUGUGGGCUGUCUUUUGCUGAAUAUCGCCUUACAAAUGAAAAUUUAUACUUUUAGAUAUCUAAACACUUUGUAUUCAAAAUAUACAGUUUAAGUUCUUGAUUUAUUCCAGAAGGCGCUCUCACUAUUGUGAUGAAAACACAAGAUUGGGAACACAUAGUUUUCACAGAAGUGUUUUCACUGUUCCAUUUGUGCAACAGCUACUUCAGCUACUAUUACAAUGGGUGGUUUGUAAGAGGAUGUGUGUCAGAUUAAAGCAAAAAAGAGUCUUGUUCUAUUGGAUGAGAGCCUUCUACAGCAAAUGACCCUAAUUUGGCUGGUAGAUCUGGUUUCAAAAGAAUACCUGGUCACUUUCACCAGCUCCCAAAGAGCAAUCCUAUCAAGUGUUUAGGCCUAGAUUCUCAAAAGGUAUUUAGACUCCUAAUUCCCAUCAAUUUCAGUGGGAGAU